AUGAAUUCGUUUCGAGAAUCAGAUGAGGAGGACAACAAUCCGUUUUCUGGGACGAACCACUUGUAUGCAUCAGGUAUUGGGGCGGUACCUGAGGGCGACGAUGAUUUCUUGAGUGCAGAAGUAGACACGGCGGACGAGACGGUGCAGGAGACGCGAGAGCAGAUGAUGAGCCGUCUAUUUGGAGAAUGCGAAGGACCGCGGGAGAGCAGCGCAGGCGGCUGGACGUCGGGGAGCAUGGGCAGUAUUGGGGCCCCGGACGGACACAGCGAUGAGGUUACGGAGUUCGGAAUCGACACGGUGCUGGUGGAGGGAGAGGUGCGGACGCCCGGACGAGCGCGGGUGCCGGCGUCCUACCCGGAUGCAGAGGGGAGCCUCGGGGCGCUGCGCAUUGUGGACGCGGGACAGUACAAGGACACCUUUGGUAACUAUGCGAUCGGCUACACGAUAGCAUACGAGGGCCGGCAGGUCACUCGGCGGUACUCUGAGUUUGACUCACUACGGCAGGCGCUGGCACGGCUGCUUCCGACGGUGAUCAUCCCGCCCAUCCCUUCGAAACACCCGUUGAUCCGCUACUUUCUGAAUCCGCUGAACGCAGAGAACGACAUCCGGAUCAUCGAGAAGCGGCGACGUCUGCUAUCGCGCUUUCUCAAUAACUGCCACGAUAUUACAGACAUCCGUGAGCACACGGUUUUUCAAAAGUUUCUCAACCCGGAGUAUAUAUGGAGCGAGGUUCUGCUGACGCCGCCGGUGUCGAUCCUUCCGACCAACAAUCUGCUUGCGCCACCACUGAACCCGACGAAACCGAGCCCGCUGCAUCUACUUUUGCCCACACCGCCCCGGCGUACGACGUCCUACGGCAGCCCGAAGACCAACAAUCCCGAAUAUGACAUUCGCUUUACCGAGUUAGAGUCGUUGCUGUUGCGGUACCACAAGUGUCUCCAGCCAGUCCUAGCCUCGUCUCGGCAGAAAAAGAUCCAUUUCAAACAGCUGGCAUCCUCUCUCGCGGAUCUAGGCGCAUACUACAACGCCUUUAGCCUCGAGGAUAACGUUAUUAACCUGCCACAUCAGAUGGACCAGAUCCGCGACCUAUCGCGUGCGAUAGAGAAGAUUGGCCAAGCGGUUGAUGUUAACUACGUCAGUUCCGAGCUACUGGUAGAGAACAUCAUGAUCUUACUGGAGGAACCGAUCGGAGAGAUGUUACAAUUUGUUCAGGAGGGCCGAGAAGUCUUGCGUUUUCGAAUGCAAAAGCAGCAGCAGUUCCACAUUAUCGACACCACCAUCAAGAAAAGGAGGGGCCGGAUCGAGGAACUGCGUAAUUUCCAGGCACAGCUGGCCCGUCUCGAGGCGGCUCUCAAGCAGAACGCCGAAGAAUCGCCGACCAUUGCGCGGGCGGUACAGCGUCUGGACGCCCAGCAUCUCCACAAGCAGCGCAAAAGCCCCUCCGGAGAACUCCAGUGGACUGGCCUUUUCAAGUCACGCAGUGGUUCCGUCCGCACGCACGACUCUCUCACUACGCGCCCUGUCACUGGCGAUGUUGAUGUCGACUUGCUCUCGGAUGAGGAGCGCGCUCGAGAGAUAGCCCGUCUUGAGGGCGAUCUAGAAAAACUGAAUGAGUGUUAUAAACUUAUCCAGCGCGAUAUGUUGCAAGUAAAUGAGUCUAUGGCGCGCAGUUUUGACUGGUUCAUCAUGUACCUGCACGAUACAUGGGCUCUGGUUCUCCGGAACUACACCCGUACUUUACUGAACUGGCUGAAAGACUGCUUGACCGCUUGGAAGAACGCUCGAGUCACCAUUGAUACCAUUGCAGUCUGA